CCCAACAGCAACCUUGUUGACAUAACCUUGCGGAUCAAAGUAAUCCCCUUAUUGCCCCAGGCCAGUUCCUGGGGCUCCCGGGGGAAGGCAGUCAGGAUCCGGAUCCUGUAAAUACAAAAGGUCUGGCCCUUGGCUAGGGAACUGCAUUCUGGAACAGGCUGCCCCAAACCGCUCCUCCUGCCUUAACGCUGGACUAGGCGCAGUGGCAGCAGCCAUGGCCUCAUCAGACCACCUCAGGGACCAGAGGGCCAGCCCCGGAAUUGUGGGGCUUGAGACAGAUCCGGACGCCAGUUCAGGGGGGAAGCCAGCCCGCCGUCUAAAGGCCGUCCCCACAGCUCACCUGACUUUCGUCAUCGACUGUGCCCGUGGGAAACCGUUCUCUCUGGCAGCUCCCCCGGCACCGCCGCCCCAAGCCCUCGGUCCCAACCCAGGGCCCGUCACCCCGCCCAUGAAGACUUACCUCUUGUUCUGUGGGCACAGCCGGUCCCAUCUGAUUCAGGAGGCACCCUUGGGUGGGGAGCACCUUGCCCAGGCCAGGGGCACCCUGCCACCCCGCAGAGGGACUGUGACCUCAGCUUUCUCCUCAGUCAGCCCCCUGAGGUCCCAGGAGCCCCCGGAAGCCAAGGGGAGCCCCCCAAAGACGGGGCCCACGAUGUCUUCGGCUUGGAAUAUAGUCAUGGGCGCGCUCAAAGCUUUCUCCUCCUGUGUCUGUGGGCCGGCAGACUGACUGGGAGAGCCUGACCCUGGGGCGAGGGGGCUGGCACCUCAGGCUCAAGUGUCCAGGGACUGCCCUUCCCAGGGCCCACGGCCUCUUU